AUGUCGUCAACUUACUCAACUGAGUCUCCCCUAUCAAGCUCUAGCAGCAUAUUUCCUGGGUGGUCGGAACAUGUCCUGCGAAAAAAGUACAGAGACCCGGGGAAACUUAAAGAGUCCCUGGAUGCCAUCUAUGGAUCUAGCCAAUAUAGGGUGAUAGUGAAAGCGGACAGGUGGAUUCUAGUUCUGCCAAGCCCCCUAGGUGCAAAGGAACUCGAAGACCUCGAAGACAAUAUUAGGAACCAUUACUGA